UAAUAUAGAAUUUAUUAAUUUUAACUCAUGUACUAAUUUAUUAAUCCUGCAUGGCUGCAUCUCGCCGUGUAGUAACGCAUUCCAAAACGGCGAUCUGCUCAAAAAUAUGACAAGAGUUUUGUCAGCCUAAUCCACCUUCAAGAAGACAAAAUAAACUGUUUGUAAAAUUAUUGCGCUGCCUUCAACAACUUGCUAAUAAAAUUAUUUGCUUUGUCGAACACACAGAACAACCGUUGAAGCCACCGUUGUUUCUGGGCUUCUUGUUAAAGCACUGUGUACACCACUGAUCCUUUGCAGUCGAGAAAAAAGUGGCGACAAAUCGACAGCACUCUUCGGGUAACGACGCUAAGCGUGGUUUCGAAGUUUCAUGGCGAGCCAGGAUCCAGUUAGAGCGGGUUCCGGACACCUGUGUCCUGACGGCAGUGCAACUGGCCUUUAUUAACCCAGACCACCACGGCAGUCCAACCGUUUUUAUCAGUAAACGGGAGUCGAACCCUGCCAGGAACAUGGACUUCAUCAACAGCGCGCUGCAGAACAUCACGGGUUGGACCUACUCGGAAUGCUGCCAAGAACUGGGCAUCUUCCGUGAAGCCUACUGUUUCGUCACUAUGCGGGUGCCGUUGCGGAGCUUGCAGGGAGAAAUGCUCAGUGCAUUCCGGCUGACCAUCCCGGAGUGUCCCGCCCUCGCGGAGGUGGAUGCCUUGAAAGGGACGGAUAAUGUGGUCCUCAAAACGCGACAGGGUCGGAUCGAGGUGGAUCGCGAAAUCCUGGUUCGUAUUUCUCCGAGAACACGCGCGAUCUUCGUCGAGGGAGAGGCAGGACAAGUCCGUUUCUACGAAACGAACUACAGCAAGGCGGCCGUGGUGAUGGUGUUGAGCGCGGCCAUGACACAGAACGCAUCCCUGCCCACCGAUCCCCGCCGAGCGGCUCCGUUCUUCCUGUACGAGAUGAUGAAAUUGGUGUCGAGCUGGGAGAUUCCCCAGCUGCAACUGUGGACGCAGUUGGCGUUUGUGGAGCGCUUGUGUCAUCCGGUGGCAAAUCUGGAUCAAAUUCCCGUUCUGGACGCGGUGUGGAUCAUCGGUGACCAUGCCGAUCCCCGGGCGGUGGGCAGUCGGAUGAUCCUGUGCGCACUGGUUGGUGCGCUGCGCUACUUGCAUUCACCAGCCGCGCGCUGGACACUGGAUGAGCUGAUGGCGUUAAUUGCCGAGAAGCCGGCAUUGUGGAAGAGCGUCUUCCUGCCGACGCGGCUGUUGCCCGACAUUGGCAUUAAGAACAUUACGGGCAAAAGUCGCAUGGUCACCGUUAAUCUGGCCUAUUGGGUGUACCAGUUGAAGUGCCUGAUUUGGCAUCAGGAAGGUAUUCCCCAGGAUCAGCAGCGAUUGGUUUUUGAUGGUAGAGCGUUGGAGGACAAUGUUACGUUAGCGGACUGUGGGAUCGUCACCAACGCCACCGUGCAUUUGUGUCUCCGGCUGAGAGGUUGCUGACCGUGUACAACCCUGACAACAGUUUCGAGAAAGGAGGCGCAAUUCUCGCACUCCAGUUGACACUUAGUUUAUGAGGGGAAACACAUUUUCAUUCGUUCGAUCUUUGCGUUCGUUUCUGGAGUAAGGA